AUGCUACCUUAUUUCGACUAUCAAUUUCGUGUUAUCAUAAUUGGUGAUAGUAUGGUUGGGAAAUCCUCCUUAAUGAAAAGUUUCGUAGAAGGGAAUUUCACUCCUGUUUCAGAUCCCACUAUUGGAGUUGAUUUUUUCUCACGAACUGUUCGAAUCCAAGAGGAGGUCUUCGUUAAGUUGCAAUUAUGGGAUACUGCAGGUCAAGAAAAGUUUAGAACAAUAACUUCGUCUUAUUAUCGCAAUUGUGUUGGUGUUGUAGUUGUGUUCGAUCUUACUGACAGAGAGACAUUUGACCAUGUUGCUGAUUGGUAUGAAGAAGCUCGUGGUUCAAUUAAGUGCUCUGCUCCUGUGUUUAUAAUAGUUGGUCAUAAAGCUGAUCGUCGUGAUGAAAGACAAGUUACCAAAAUUGAAGCAGAGUCUCUUGCACAGCGACUUGGUGAUUAUAUCUACAUUGAAACAUCUUCACUUACUGGCCAAAAUAUUGAGAAAACUUUUGAACUACUAGCUGAAGGCAUUUACUCCAAUGUUAUUAAAGGAAGUUACAAUGAGUUAUGCGCAGGUGGUGUUUGGGAUGGUGUUAAACAGGGACAUAAUGCAGCAUUGGCUGCUUCUUUAGCAAGUAGAUCAAUACAAUUUGAUCGAAAUGAACCGAAACCUUAUGGUGACUGUUGUUAAAGUAUUAAAUAAAUAUCCAUUUGCAUUCUACACAGUUGACAUAUGCAUUCGUUUCUUAAAAUGUGUGAAUAAUCUCUUUUUGGUUCUAUAAUUAAUAAAGAAACCUGAUCAUUAUAUUCAUUAAUUAUCUAUGCUUAAUCAACUAAUACAUUAAUUUGACCUAAUUCUAUCAAGAAAGCUAAUAUUCUUUAUUUUUACUGUUUAUUUUCUUUGGUAAUUUUACAUAAUAUUAUGUAUUAUUGGUAAUCAUUAUUCAUUAUGUUUCAUAUAUAUCUCCUAUAUUUCUCUUCACUGUGUUUUCUUUCUUUCGAUUUUAACAGAAUCAUGUUUACUUUUUGAUAUUUUUCACUUUUCUCUUUGUAUGUUUUAACAUAUUGGUGCUUAUUUUAUUAAUAUUCGGUUCAAACUCCCUAUAGUAAAUGUGGGUUGUGGUUGUGUUGAGUAUAGAGGAUCUAUUGAAUGAACUGUUUUAGUAUUUAAUCACUUAUCUAAUGAAUCCAUCCAUUUAAUUUAUGUACUUACAUAAUUAAUCUUGUAUUUGUAUGAAUUUCAUUUUUAUCUCUCUUACAGGUUAUUUUUAUGUUUCAUUUUUUUAUUUUGUAAAUUUUCUGAUUUAAUUAAUCGAGAUAAAUUUGGUUAGUUUC